AUGAGUCAUCCACCUCCCCCAUUUUCACUUCCUCCACAUCCACCACAUCCUUCAGCCUUUCCCUUCCCUCUCGAUCCAACAACUUUGGCCGCUUUUCAACCUUUUAUGGUUCAAGUUCAGACUGAACAUCGUCGAAAAAAUGCGACAAGGGAAGUUACGGCACCAUUGAAGGAAUGGCUGAAUGCGCAUAGGAAGAAUCCUUAUCCUACAAAGGCUGAAAAGACUUUGCUGGCACUGGUUUCCACCUGGUUUGCCAAUGCCCGCCGCCGUCUCAAAAAAGAAAAUAAAAUGGAAUGGUCCCCUAGAGAACGUCCAGAGGAUGAUUGUGAUGAGGGGGAUGGUGAAGAAGUUGAUGUGGAUACAGAAGAAAAUCAUCAUUCUCAAAACCAUCACCAACAACCAGGAAUGUCGGAUUUUUUGAUGUUAAUGAGUGGAAGACAUCAGCAACAACAAAAUUUACUUGCCCAACAACAAUGGGCCAUGUUCAAUGACCAAAAUAAAAAUGGAGGAAUUUCAGAAAUACAACAAUUACCAAGCAAAAGUACAAGUCCAACCUCCUCUUCCAACAAUCCAAAGGAUAAGGAAGAAGAUGAAAAUGAGGAGAAGAAGGUGAAUGGAGGGAUAAAUGAGAGAAGAGAAAAAAAGAUAGUUAAAAAAAGAAAAUUUUGGUCUAUAGCGGAUACUUUGGGAAAUGAGGAUGAUAAGAAGGAGGAAGAUAAAGAGGCGGAAGAAGAGAUCAAUGGAUGUGCUAAGCAACCCGAAUUUAGUAGAAAUGCGGUGUCCUUGUCUUCCUUUCAUCAUUUGAGGCCGGAAACAACCGAAAAGCAUUAUUCUUCCCCACCGCUUUCUUCUUCAUCUAAAAAUUCUGAAAAACAACAACAACACCCAAUAUAUCCCCCAAAUAAUAAUUCUAUACGUACACCAAUUAAUGGACAACAAUUUAGAAAUAUUGAAUCUAUCUUACAACAACAACACCAACAACAACAAUUGUUAUUAUUACAUUCACAGCUAGCUUUAGGUGCUGGAAUGAAUCUUCCUCCCCCUCCCCAAAUACAUCCAGCGAUUGCGGGAGAUCCAAACAUUCUCGCUCUAGCAUUGGCCCAUCACCAUAACCAACAACAACAACGUCAAAAUCAAUUAAUAGGUCAACAACAUUCCCAACCCCACCCUCUUCAAUUACCUUUUGUUUUUGCCCAGCAUUUAGCUGCAAUUGUUGGAGGACAACAACAACAACAGCCUCAAAUGCCUAGUAUGUAG